AUGUUCCGGGUCCACGCCUCCAUCCCUUUUCCCGUGUGGCAGCUGCCGCCCCACCGCCCUGGCCUCAAUCCCAUCGACCUUGAGGAUGGAACCCAGAAUGAGGAGGAGCAGAUGAGUGGGCACAAACCCUGGAGGAGGUGGAGCCCAGGGGGUCCUGGGGCAAAGCCUGGGAACUUGCUGGUCGUGCAGAAGCGGUGGUGGUUCCCGAGGGUGGGCCAGACUGCCACCCAGGACCAGGCCCGUCCCAGGGAGGAGAUGGGCCAUCAACACGAGCCCAGAAGCAAAGCCAGCGCCACCAUGAGCCUGGUGACCCACCAGGAGGAGUCGGAUGUGCUGAGGCACCACCAGAGGAUCCGCCCUGGCGAGAGGCCCUUCGCAGGGCAAUUGAGCACACAGUCCUCCGACGGCCUAGAGCGUCGACCGGAAGUGCGCGCAGCGGACGUGGGGGGCGGUGCUUCCGGCGGCGGUGUGGUGGUAGGGUUUCAGCAAGGAGGACCCCCGGGCCUGAGUCCCCAGGACGCCACAGAGAGAGCUGCCCUGAUGGAUGCAUGCCCAGCUUCCUCAGCACAGGUGCCAGAUGGUGGCCAGGCUUCCGGCAGUGCAGCUCCAGCCGCCAAAUGUGGGGCUCGGAGCACAGGGUCAGCACCAGAGCAGGAGACUUCAGAAGUGGGGUGCAGUGGGGAGUGUGCACCAGGGCUGCCCCAGGCACGGGGACUUCUGGACCGUCGUGGGACUGAGGACACUAGAGAGAAGCCCAGGGUUUCCCCUCGGGGACCAGUAAUUUACAAGGAAACUGGAGGGCAGGGGGUCCGGGAGCACCCUGUGUGCGGGUCAGAGGCCACCCUGCACAGCGGCUCCCUAGCAGACCGGGGGGUGCCCUGGAAAGGGCGGCCUUACCAGUGCAGCAGCUGCGACAGGAGCUUCAAGUGCUACUCAGAUGUGGUGAAACACCAGAGCAUGCACUCGGGGGGGAAGCCCUACGAAUGCAGCGACUGUGGGAAGGCCUUCAUCCACAGCUCGCACGUCGUCAGGCACCAGCGGACUCACCACGGGGAGAGGCCGUACGUGUGCGGGGAGUGUGGGAAGGCCUUCAGCCAGAGCUUCAACCUCGUCAGACACCAGAGGACGCACACAGGAGAGAAACCGUACGCGUGCACCGAGUGCGGCAAGGCCUUCAGCCAGAGGUCGGAUGCUGCCAAGCACCAGCGGGUGCACACCGGGGAGAGGCUGUAUGGGUGCGGGGAGUGUGGGAAGGCCUUCGUCCACAGCUCCAAUGUUGUUCGGCACCGGAGGACCCACCACGGGGAGAAUCCCUACGUGUGUGGGGAGUGCGGCAAGGCCUUCAGCCAGAGCUCCAACCUCAUCCAGCACCAGCGGGUCCACACGGGCGAGCGGCCCUAUGCAUGCGGCGAAUGCGGCCGCGCCUUCAGCCGCAGCUCCUUCCUGAGGGAGCACCGGCGCAUCCACACAGGCGAGAAGCCCCACCAGUGCGGCCACUGCGGCCGCGCCUUCCGGGCGCUGUCAGGCUUCUUCCGGCACCAGAGGGUCCACACCGGGGAGAAGCCUUUCCACUGCAGCAAGUGCAGCCGAGCCUUCCGCCUGAGCUUUCAUCUGAUUCAGCACCGGCGGGUUCACGGCGAUGAGUGAGCCUGCGGGCGAGUGUGAACCCUGGAGGUUCAGCUUUCUGCCUGCGUGGACGUCCCCAGUGUUUGUGCCGCCCUGCCCAGCAGUCAGAGGAGACAGGAGUCCUGGGGAAGGCAAGCUUCUUAGACGGGAAGCCGGUAGCUCUGAUGGUGGCACACAUGUCCAGGUUAAUUGCAUAGUACUUUUUUCCUGACAUAUAACUUGCAUGUGGUAAAAUGCAUAGAUGUUAAGUAUGGGUUUUAUGAGUUCUGACAGACAUAACCUGUUUGGACCUUUAUAACCACCACUCUAUCAAAGUAGAGGAUUCCCAGCACUUGGAAAGUCCUGUGUCCCUUCCAGUCAGCCCUCAUCCGCGGGCUGCUUAUGACCUUGUGUCCAUCACUAUAGUUUGGCUUGUUCUAGAACCUUACGUAAGUACAACAGUAUGACACACUGCACUCUUGCGUGUCUGACCUCCUUCCCUCUGCUUGAUGUUGCUGAGAUUGAUCCACAUACCAGUGGUUCUGGUUCAUUCCCGUAGAACUUCCUAAAGGCAAGAGUCACUGCCUACCUUGUAUCAAAGCUGUACUUUGUGUCUGUGCCUCCCCACCAAAGUGUAGCUCCUUGUAGCCAGAACGUGUUAGUACAGCCGACACAGAAGAGGCACUGCACCAGAGAGGAAGUAAAUACGGGGGGCGCUGUGAAAGGCAGGCGCAGAGGCAGCACAGGCUUGGCUGGGCGGGGGGGGACACUGAUCCACUUGUCUUCACGCCACCUCAGAGCACACAGCGUGCGGAAUUCAGCCUCGUGACGGUAGUACAAGCGGGAAGUCUGAGGUAUUUGUACUUUGAACGAACCAUCCUUGAGCACUGAGCUGUCCCAGCUCAAUGGCAGUCCUUUUGGGAACAUGGCCACCAUCCGUCUGCGCCCAAGGGCUCUGCAGGUGAGAGGCGACAGCUGAGUAAGCAGUGCCCAGUGGAAGUCACGAUAGGAGGGGAUACAGGCGAGGAGCACAGGAGGCCUGGGGCUGGCGGAGGCAGGCUGUGCUCCCCGGAAGGCGUGUCCGGGAUGGCUCCCAAAAGACUUAGUCAGCGGGCAGAUUCGCUGUGUACAAAGCACAGGUCAGAGUGCACCAGGGGAAUGUGAGAGUGUAAGAAAUGUGCUAUGGGACCUUGUGAUCUGUGGCUGGAGACAGAAGACAAAAACUAAUAUAAAAUAACAGUCUGAGUGGCUGUGCCCUUUAUGAUCUCGUUUCACGUCCCAGUGGGGUGGCGCUCUACGUCUGUGUGCAUGUCACUUGCCAGAUAGGAAGAAGAGCUGUGUCGGUUGGGGAAGCGUCUUGGUGCAUGUCACAUGGCUCUGCGGCACGAGUCAGGUGAGGUGACCUCAGGUCUUUGAGAGCUCAUGGUGACCAGGGCAGGGCUGAGCAGUCAGUGGCCCUGAGUCAC